CCCUCCCACCCUCUUUCGGCCAUCUUCCCGCGCCGCCACCAUGGUGCGCAUGAACGUCCUGGCCGACGCUCUCAAAAGCAUCAACAAUGCAGAGAAGAGAGGCAAACGCCAGGUCCUCAUCAGGCCCUGCUCCAAAGUCAUCGUCCGGUUCCUAACCGUGAUGAUGAAGCACGGUUACAUCGGUGAAUUUGAAAUCAUUGAUGACCACAGAGCUGGGAAGAUCGUCGUGAACCUCACAGGCAGGUUGAACAAGUGUGGAGUGAUAAGCCCUAGAUUUGAUGUGCAACUCAAAGACCUAGAAAAAUGGCAGAACAACCUGCUCCCGUCCCGCCAGUUUGGCUUCAUUGUACUGACCACCUCAGCUGGCAUCAUGGACCAUGAAGAGGCAAGACGAAAGCACACAGGAGGGAAAAUCCUGGGAUUCUUUUUCUAGAGAUGUAAAACAUAAAUAAAGAGCCUUUAUGGACUGUGCUCAGGGUCAGUCCUUUUGAACCUU